AUCCACACGAUUCAGUUGAAUAGUCACCGCACCCUAAACAGUUUGCCAUACCAAAUUGACGAUUCUCCUUACCAAGCAAGCAUCAAAUCGCUAGGACAUGGACAUGCAUACAGAUCCACUAUGCAUGCAUGGUGCACCAGACCAGAGCAGCCGGGUGAAAACCGCACCGCAUUUCUUUUCAUUUCUGGAUCCUCUGACACGGCAUGCUCUGCAUUACACGCCAAAGCUGCGCCCAUCAGGGCCAAAGGGUCUCUCCGCCUCCUCCGUAUAUCACCGUCGCCACCUCUCCCUCCCUCCCUCGUUCCCUUCUCUCCCUCCCUCUCUCUCUCUCUCACUCGCAUUUUGCCACAGACCCUCAGUGCGCCAUGGACGAAGGAGGAGGGGGCCUGCACUCGCCUCCUCUCGCGAGGGUGCAGGAGAUGUUCCUCCUCCGCGCCGCGGCUUUGCUCGGCGAUUCGCCAAGUUCCAUUGUAUCGCAAUACCUGCGAGAAUGGCCAGAAGUAUAUUCACCUUGUUUCUGGACGAGCACUUUUGUAUUGAUACAACUGGCAUUUAUCUCGAGUAUCGCGGCUCAGUAUCUGUUCAAGAGAAUCAGAUGGUGCAGGCAGAGAUUGAAGACUGCAACUCCUGAAAGCAAUAAGCAUUCUAAUCAGGAACAACAGAAUGCAGACAUAAAGCUGGGCGUCUCAUAUCAAGCAAGCAAAGUCUGCUGCCUCCUUAUAUUAGCCACUCAUGUCCUGAGGAUAUUCUUUCUGCAGUUACAAGGAAGAAUAAGUGGUUGCAGGUACCCACCUUUUGUUCUGGGUGAAGGCAUACAGGUGCUCUCCUGGAUAAUAUUGUCACUAGCAGUAUUCAGUCUACAGAAGACAAAUUCUGCAAAGCAUCCGCUCAUUAUUCGGGCAUGGUUGAUACUUAGCUUUCUGCAAUCAGUAAUCAGUGUGAUAUUUGAUCUCAGGUUCAGUUUAUCAGAUCAUGGAUAUGUGGGGUUUGCCGAAUUGAUGGACCUGUUCACACUUGUUAUCUGCUCUUAUUUGUUUGCAAUUUCUGCCAGAGGAAAAACAGGAAUCAUCUCAAUAAACAGCGGCAUAACAGAGCCACUAUUGAGUCCAUCUGCAGGACAGCAGACAGAAACCAAAAGGACAUGUCUGUAUGGCAGGGCAAGCGUUCUGGACCUCGUCACCUUCUCGUGGAUGGGUCCUCUAUUUGCUACUGGAUAUAAGAAACCUCUAGAUAAGAAUGAUGUGCCAGAUAUUGAUGAAAGGGACUAUGCCGAUUUGCUCUCUGAUUCAUUUAAAAGGAUCCUGGCAGAUGUUGAACGCAGGCAUGGUUUGAGUACUUUAUCAAUCUAUAGAGCAAUGUUCCUAUUUAUUAGAAGAAAAGCAAUAAUCAACGCAGUAUUUGCGAUCCUAUGUGCAUGUGCGUCCUAUGUUGGACCAUCACUGAUUAAUGACUUGGUGAGGUUCCUCGGGAGAGAGAGGAAGUAUGGACUGAAAAAAGGUUAUAUUCUUGCUGCUGCAUUUUUAAGUGCCAAAGUUGUGGAGACAGUAGCUCAGAGGCAGUGGAUUUUUGGGGCUCGACGGCUCGGGAUGCGGCUACGAGCUGCUUUGAUAUCCCACAUCUAUCAAAAGGGGCUCCGGUUAUCCUGCAGUGCAAGGCAAAAGCAUACCAGUGGAGAGAUCAUAAACUACAUGAGUGUAGAUAUACAGAGGAUAACCGAUGUUAUAUGGUACACAAACUACAUUUGGAUGUUACCCAUACAGCUUUCUCUAGCAGUCUAUGUUCUCUAUCUAAACCUAGGGGCUGGAGCAUGGGCUGGUUUAGCAGCAACACUGGUAAUAAUGGCUUGCAAUAUUCCUCUGACCAGACUGCAGAAAAGGUUGCAAUCAGAGAUCAUGGCUGCUAAAGACAACAGAAUGAAGGCAACAACGGAAGUACUUAGAAGCAUGAAAAUACUGAAACUUCAAGCAUGGGAUACAGAGUACCUUCAAAAGCUAGAAGCUUUGCGAAGGGAGGAGCACAAUUGGUUGUGGAAAUCUGUGAGGUUGACAGCUUUCACAACAUUCAUAUUUUGGGGGUCCCCUGCAUUCAUAUCCUCCAUAACAUUCGGUACAUGUAUAUUGAUGGGGAUUCCUCUAACAGCUGGUACUGUUUUGUCUGCUCUUGCAACGUUCCGGAUGCUACAAGAUCCAAUCUUCACACUUCCCGAUUUACUUUCGGUGUUUGCUCAAGGAAAAGUUUCAGCUGAUCGAGUAGCACAAUACCUCCAGGAAGAAGAAUUGAAAGACGAUGCAAUUACAGAAGUACCAAGGAGUGCCACAGACUAUGAUGUGGAGAUUGAUCAUGGAGCAUUCAGCUGGGAACUUGAAACCACAUCUCCAACUAUAACAGAUGUAAAUUUAAAAGUAAAGAGAGGGAUGAAAGUAGCAAUCUGUGGAAUGGUCGGCUCUGGGAAAUCCAGUCUAUUAUCAUGCAUACUUGGGGAGAUGCCUAAGCUAGCCGGGGCCGUGAGGGUCAGUGGGAGCAGAGCAUAUGUUCCUCAGACUGCCUGGAUCCUGUCUGGGAACAUCAGAGACAACAUUCUGUUUGGAAACCCAUAUGACAAGGAAAAGUACGAAAAGAUAAUACAAGCUUGUGCAUUGACUAAAGAUCUUGAGCUAUUUGCAAAUGGUGAUUUGACAGAGAUUGGAGAAAGAGGAAUUAACAUGAGUGGUGGACAGAAGCAGCGGAUUCAGAUUGCAAGGUCAGUGUACGAGGAUGCAGAUAUAUAUCUCUUUGAUGAUCCCUUCAGUGCAGUAGAUGCUCACACCGGAGCCCAACUUUUCAAGGAUUGCCUGAUGGGGAUGCUUAAAGAUAAAACGAUAUUGUAUGUGACCCAUCAAGUUGAAUUUCUUCCAGCUGCAGACCUUAUACUAGUGAUGCAGGAUGGGAAGAUUGUGCAGAAAGGAAGAUUUGAUGAUCUUCUUAAACAGAACAUAGGAUUUGAAGCCAUAGUCGGAGCCCAUAGUCAGGCAAUUGACUCUGUUAUAAAUGCCGAGAGUUCCAGCAGAAUUUUGUCAACAGAGAGCCAAAAGUUAGCAGAUAGUGAUGAUGAGUUUGAGAGAGAAAACGACACUGAUGAUCAAGUUCAGGGCAUAAUUAAGCAAGAGUCUGAACACGAUGUCUCGCAAGGUCUCAAUGAAAAAGGAAGGCUGACACAAGAGGAAGAACGAGAAAAGGGAGGAAUUGGCAAGACGGUCUACUGGGCAUACCUGACGGCUAUUCAUGGUGGCGCAUUAGCACCAGUAAUAGUGGCGGCACAGUCAUUCUUCCAAAUAUUCCAAGUAGCAAGCAACUAUUGGAUGGCAUGGGCGUGUCCUCCAAUAUCUGCAACCACUCCAAGAGUUGGAUUAGGCCUUCUUUUGUCUGUAUACUUAGUGCUAUCUAUAGGAAGUGCACUAUGUGUUUUUGGUCGGUCUAUGCUUGUGUCACUUGUUGGCCUGUUAACAGCAGAGAAGUUCUUCAAGAAUAUGCUCCAUUGCAUUCUCCGAGCUCCCAUGUCCUUCUUUGAUUCCACACCCACUGGCAGGAUCCUAAACAGGGUCUCCAGUGACCAAAGUGUUUUAGAUCUGGAAAUAGCAAGCAAGCUUGGUUGGUGCGCGUUUUCAGUUAUACAAAUUCUGGGGACCAUUGGAGUUAUGUCACAAGUUGCGUGGCCAGUUUUUGCCAUCUUUAUUCCAGUGACAGCAAUCUGUUAUGUGUUUCAAAGGUACUACAUACCAACAGCGAGAGAGCUGGCUCGUCUCUCACAAAUUCAAAGGGCUCCAAUCCUCCAUCAUUUCGCGGAAUCACUUACAGGAGCGGCAAGUAUUAGAGCAUAUGGACAGAAAGACCGUUUCAGAAAAGCAAACAUCAGUCUUGUUAACAACCACUCACGACCAUGGUUCCAUAACAUCUCAGCUAUCGAGUGGCUUUGCUUCAGGCUAAACAUGCUAUCUAACUUUGUCUUUGCCUUUUCUUUGACUCUGUUGGUGAGUCUUCCCGAAGGUUUUAUAAAUCCAAGCAUCGCUGGACUUGCAGUGACUUAUGCACUGAACCUCAAUGGGCAGUUGUCAUCUAUAACCUGGAACAUUUGCAACACAGAGAAUAAAAUGAUUUCAGUUGAAAGAAUAAUGCAGUACUCAAGGAUCCCUAGUGAGGCUCCUCUAAUAGUUGACGAUCACCGGCCCCCAAACAGCUGGCCAAAGGAUGGGACUAUUAAUAUAAGAAAUUUGGAGGUUCGAUAUGCAGAGCAUCUCCCAUCUGUUUUAAGAAAUAUAUCAUGUACAAUUCCAGGACGGAAGAAGGUGGGGAUUGUUGGACGUACCGGAAGUGGAAAGUCAACUUUGAUUCAAGCACUUUUCCGGAUUGUUGAACCAAGGGUAGGAACAAUAGAAAUUGACGAUGUUGAUCUCAGCAAAAUCGGGUUGCAUGAUUUACGAGGCAGACUUAGCAUCAUCCCACAAGAUCCAACCAUGUUUGAGGGCACAGUGAGAGGAAAUCUUGAUCCACUGAAUGAAUAUUCUGACCAACAUAUAUGGGAGACAUUGGACAAAUGCCAGCUUGGUGACAUAGUUCGUCAAAGCCCAAAGAAGCUGGACUCAACAGUUGUCGAAAAUGGGGAAAACUGGAGUGUCGGACAGAGGCAGUUGUUUUGCCUGGGAAGGGUUCUACUGAAGCGAAGCAAUGUCCUUGUCCUCGAUGAGGCAACGGCUUCAGUUGACUCAUCUACAGAUGCAAUUAUCCAGCAAACACUCCGUGAGGAGUUUGGGGACUGCACGGUGCUGACAGUAGCACAUAGAAUUCACACAGUUAUCGACAGUGAUCUUAUUCUCGUCUUCAGCGAAGGAAGAAUUAUAGAAUACGACACGCCGUCGAGAUUACUGGAGGACGAGAACUCUGAAUUCUCCAGGCUCAUCAAGGAGUACUCACGGAGAUCCAAGGGGUUCUAAAGCACCACAAACAAUUGAACGGCGGCGAAAUCGGCAUGAACCCAACUAGGCGCACAGCAGAGCCCGGCAGAAAGACCGCUCACACACACCACACGGCCUUUCUCCAGACGACAAGCACUCACGAAACCCACCCAGACAAAGACGAUAUAGGAUGUACAAUGGACGGGACUAGCUAGAUUAUUCAGGCGAUUUGGAAAAAUUAUCAAAGCCAUGUAAUGUAAUACAGUACAGUAGCACUAUGUAAAAUGCUCUCUGAUGUGAUGUCAGAAAGAUCGAGUAUAUGUAGCUACUCUGUGUGCGUUGUCCGUGCGCAAUCGCUUUUCA